GUCGUCCGCAAUAUCCGGGGCCUUAGACAAGGAUGAGCGGCGAUUUUCAAGAUGGCGGCGGAGGGAGGAGGGAAGGAGACGAACGAGAUUAAAACGCAAUUCACCACCCGGGAAGGCGUCUACAAGCUCCUCACGCACUCCGAGUACAGCCGCCCUAAUCGGGUACCCUUCAACUCGCAGGGAUCCAACCCCGUAAGGGUCUCCUUCGUCAACGUCAACGACCAGUCGGGCAAUGGCGACAGGAUCUGCUUCAAUGUGGGCCGGGAGCUCUACUUUUAUAUCUACAAAGGUGUGAGAAAGGCCGCCGACCUGAGCAAGCCCAUCGACAAGCGGCUAUACAAAGGCACGCAGCCCACGUGCCACGACUUCAACCCGCUCACGGCCACCGCCGAGAGCGUCUCGCUGCUGGUGGGCUUCUCGGCGGGCCAGGUGCAGCUCAUCGACCCGAUCAAGAAGGAGACGAGCAAGCUCUUCAAUGAAGAGAGACUGAUCGACAAGUCGCGCGUGACGUGCGUGCGCUGGGUCCCCGGUUCCGAGAGCCUCUUUUUGGUGGCCCAUUCGAGCGGCUCCAUGUACCUGUACAAUGUGGAGAACACGUGCGGCACGGCGGCGCCCCACUACCAGCUCCUCAAGCAAGGGGACAACUACGCCGUGCACACCUGCAAGAGCAAGUCGGGCCGCAACCCUUUACUGCGCUGGACGGUGGGCGACGGCGCGCUCAACGAGUUCGCCUUCUCCCCGGAUGGUAAGUUCCUGGCGUGCGCCAGCCAGGACGGCUACCUGCGGGUGUUCGGCUUCGACGCCGCCGAGCUGCACGGCACCAUGAAGAGCUACUUUGGCGGUUUGCUUUGCGUGUGCUGGAGCCCCGAUGGGCGUUACAUUGUGGCCGGCGGCGAGGACGACCUGGUGACGGUGUGGUCGUUCUCGGACUGCAGGGUGAUCGCUCGGGGACAUGGACACAAGUCGUGGGUGAGCGUGGUGGCCUUCGACCACUGCACUGCCAGCGUGGAGGACGGCAUCGAUGGCGAGCCCCCCGCCGAGUUUAGCGGCAGCGACGAGGACUUCUACGAGCAUAUUCACUUUAGCGCAGGAAGGGAUCGGGCCAACAGCACCCACUCCCGACUUUCCAAGAGAAACUCCACGGACAGUCGGCCUGUCAGCGUGACGUACCGAUUUGGGUCCGUUGGUCAGGAUACCCAGUUGUGUCUGUGGGACCUCAGCGAGGACAUACUCUUCCCUCACCUCCCUUUGUCUCGGACGAGGACUCACACUAACGUCAUGAAUGCCGCCAGCCCGCCGGCGACGGCGGCAAACAUUAUUUUCACUUCCGGCACCAAUGGCAAAGACAGCGUUAGCAAUAGCAGCACCGGCGGCAACACGCCAAACUCCCUCCCGGGGACGCUGCCUCGCUCCAACAGCUUACCGCAGUCCUCCAUCCCGGCCGGCGGCAGCGGCGGUGGCGGCAGCACCCCCAACAGUCACACGGGCAGCAGCAGCAGCAGCAGUAGCACCGCCGCACCCACCAAGGGCGGCGGCAGCGGCAGCAUCCUCGACAGCGCCCUGAUCGCCGCCGGCGUGGGCAAGUUCGCCACGCUGUCGCUGCACGAGGCGCGCAAGGAGCGCUCCGAAAAAGAGCACAAGCGCAUGCUCAGCGCCGGCCAUAUCGGCAGCAAGAGCGGCGACAAGCUCAGCCAGCUGGGCGCCUCGCGGGCGGCCGGCACCAAGGGCGACAACGCUAAGACGUUGGGCACGGCGCUGUGCCCGCGCAUGGAGGACGUGCCGCUGCUGGAGCCGCUGGUGUGCAAGAAGAUCGCCCAUGAGAGACUGACGGUGUUGAUCUUCCUGGAGGACUGCCUGGUCACGGCUUGCCAGGAGGGCUUCGUUUGCACGUGGGCCAGGCCUGGGAAAGUGGGACUGCUAUCGUCUCAAAACAACCCCGCCAACUCGCCCAGUGGAACCGUAGUAUAACCACCCCCCCCUCCCAACAUCCACAGAGGUGGUGGGUGAUGAUCAAUACGUGGUGGGCGGCGGAACCGUGCCGCCUUGAGUCUGCAGUGAAAUGGGUGCUAUUUGACAAAGGGGCGAGGAGCUUUAAGGUUUUUAUAGGAAGGGCUGACUGGUUCACUGUUCAUCCGACGGCGGCGGCGGC